AUGAUGGGUUCUAUGAGCGAGCGACUCAGCGCUCGGUCACCAGAAAAGAUGAAGAUAACUGAAGUCUUUCUACUAAAAGUUCUGGUGGGACGUGGUCGACCACGUAAAGUAGCUCAUGACCAGUUGCGACGGGUACUGCAGCCUGGUGAGCAGGCAGCCGUGUCGCCGAGGAACGAGCCAAUAAGUGAUGGUGGAUCCUAUGAUUCGCUUUCCCUAAAUGAUUUACAGCCUCAAAACUUGCAAAAUGACGACGGUAAUCUGGUAGACAACGGUGCUGGACCUUCAGUCAUGAUAGAUGCUACAAAUUAA